AUGCCGGUGCUUGCCCCUCCGCCUAUAGCACCUAUAGAGCCCGAUGUCUUCGACGACGACGAUGAGGGAUGGCAAGACAUGCCGGUCAUCCGCGACAGGGACGACAUAGCCGGCGGGCUAGACGAGGAAGACCAGAAGAAGUACCAUUAUGUUCCCCCUGUUCAUAAGAGUGGCAACGAUGGUGGUGGAAAUGCGACUGGAACAUUACUCGACGUCGAUUACCGAGGCAAUGAAUGGCGGUCGAAGGUCGAUCAGAACGAGAACGAGUACACUCGCCUACGAGUGAACGAGGAGGAUGAGUCCGAUGAAGUCCACCUGCGCACGAAGUACUUGUUCGACGAGGAUAAGGCGAUGACCCCGCUCAGUCAGAUGCAAGCUACGAAGGACCUCCUAACCGAAGCCCAGCGGAUAGCCUAUGUUGGUCUCUGCGCCCUUACAAGUCGAGAGAUGUCCGCGAAACUCAAGGCUGUCAACCGGAAAGAGCUCAAGAAAGCAAUCGAGAAUAUGGAGCUGUGGGCUCUCAGAAUCACGGGUCGGUUGUAUUAUCAUAUGGAACUUUCAACUGAAGAGCAGAAGAUGAUCGACAGUCUUGCUGUGCACGGAAUCGAGGCAAAGGACCUUGUGCCAGCACUUAUGACCACACACACUGUCGCCAAUCCGGAAUAUGAUCCUGCAGAGGCCCGUCGGCAAGCAGAGGAGCAGGCUGCUGCCGAGUCCGCACGUUUGGAAGCUAUGGAGAAUGAGUCUGCCGAUGUGUCCGAAUCCAUACCUAUCACCCCGACGCCUUCGACUCCGAAGGAACCGAUACCCACAACCACACCGAAGCCCACACAAACUACCACGAGAGUUCUCCAAGAUACCUCCUCCUCAGUGCCCGGAGUUAGCACUCACUUGUCUGCUGCAGACGAGAAGGUCACCCUCGACAUACGGUGGACCGUGCUUUGCGAUCUCUUCCUGGUGCUCAUUGCAGACAGUGUAUAUGAUGCACGGUCUCGCGUCUUGCUGGAGAACGUAGCUUUAAAACUGGGGCUUGGCUGGUUGGACGUCGUGAGAUUUGAGCGGCGGGUCUCUGAAGCUCUUGAGAUCGAGGAGGGCACGGAGAAGCUAGAACAGGAGGAUAUCAUAAAGAAUGUGCAGAAGGCAACGAGAAAGAGGCGGUAUAUGAUGCUGGGGCUCGCAACUAUCGGUGGCGGUCUGGUCAUCGGACUUUCAGCGGGUCUGCUUGCGCCUGUCAUCGGUGCUGGUCUCGGUGCUGCUUUUGCUACGAUCGGUAUAACAGGCACAACAAGCUUUCUCGCUGGAACUGCUGGAGCUGCAGUCAUCACAACCGGCGGAGUACUGACUGGCUCAGGUGUGGCUGUCAGCGGCAUGGCACGUCGUACACGAUAUGUACGGACGUUUGACAUUUUGCCUCUGCACAACAACAAACGGGUCAAUUGCAUAUUGACUGUGCCUGGGUUCAUGACCGGUCCUCAAGACGAUGUUCGAUUACCCUUCAGCGUCCUUGAUCCGGUCGUUGGUGAUGUCUUCAGCGUACUUUGGGAGCCAGAGAUGAUUCGAGAGACAGGAAGUGCAUUGAAGAUCCUGACGAGCGAGGUGUUGACGCAGCUCGCACAAACCGCGUUGCAAGCAACCGUAAUGACAGCAUUGAUGAGUGCCCUACAGUGGCCGAUCAUCCUCACGAAGCUCGGAUAUCUCAUCGAUAACCCAUGGUCAAAUGCGUUAGACCGCGCCAAAGCGGCGGGUCUUGUGUUGGCUGAUGUCCUCCUUCACCGACAUUUGGGUGUGCGCCCCAUUACCCUCAUCGGGUUCUCUCUCGGUGCGCGCGUCAUUUUCUACGCCCUUCUGGAGCUCGCGAAGCGCAAAGCGUUUGGCAUUGUCGAAGAUGUCUUUCUGCUCGGUGCGACGGUCACCGCCCCACUACGUACGUGGCUCGAAGUACGCUCGAUAAUUUCGGGCCGGUUCGUCAAUGGGUAUGCGCGCAACGACUGGGUACUAAACUACCUAUUCCGCGCGACUAGCGGCGGCCUCAACACCGUUGCAGGAUUGCGUCCGGUGAAAGAUGUUCCGGGCCUUGAGAAUGUCGACGUCACGGACAAGAUCUCUGGCCACAUGAGCUAUCGCACCUUUAUGCCGCUGAUCCUGGAUCAGCUUGGGUUCCCCGUCUCCGCAGACUACUUCGAUGAACCAGUCGAGCCCGAUUUCACGGAAGACCGCAUCGUUGUGCGGGAAGGCGAAGAAAACCUACAGAAAAAGAGUUGGUUCCAUAGGAAGAAGAAGACACCUUCAACUCCAGCAGCGCGUGUAUCGCAUCCGCCAUCAGCAGGGUCCUUUUCCGUUCAGAAGGAAGGACGAACGUCCCAGUCGAGCGCAACGGACGAUGAAUUGCCGCCGCGAGAAACGACUUCUAUUUCAGCGUCCGUCGCGCCGUCGCAACCUUCCACACCUGCUCUUGAGACAUCCACUGCGACUGAUGAGGCAUCACCAGUGGACAGCCCUGAUUCCGACCUGUCUACGGCCCAUUUACCUGCGCGUGCAGGGUUCGACUUCGACGCAAUCAAAGACGUCAUUGGCAAUCCUGAGACUAAUCUGUCAAAGGUGACGCGACCAUCACUUGCACAACCGACACACGAACCGACACAUCGCUCAGAAUCUGUUCCUUUGCCUUCGCCGAAGUUCUCCGAUGAUAAACCGCCGUACCGUACGUCAUUUGACGUGAGACCCGCCAAAGACCAGAAAGAGCCUGUAGCAGGUCCUAGCUCGCUAUUCCUAAGCGAGCUGACCUCAAAAUCACACUCCUCUAGGUUGCAUUCCGCCGCGGAUGAGGAUGAGUCGGCUUCAGAUGGUGAAAGCUCAUUGGCAGAGCAGACACUGCACACAGGCUACCGUCCAGCUGCAUUUUCAAGUGAUAUCACCACUUCGACUUGGCCAGGCAACGAAUCGACAUCUACCUCGACUUUCGGCGUGUUUGCUGAUUAUCGACCGCCUUCGGCUGACGUGCACUCUCAGAAUGCGUUGUCUAACGGUGGCGGCGCCAUAUCGUCGGUGGCGUCUUCCACGUACAGCACUCUUGGCACAUCAUUGCCAUCCCGCAAUCCAUUCCUGUCACUAUCAGAUACCUCGCUUGCAUUUGGCGGUGUUGAUGGAUCGAUCACCUACUCUCCCUCACCUUUGAGCGUGGAGCGGGAUCCGUGGACCAUGACGACUGCCUCCCGCACGAUUGACGACGAAGCAUCAAAGAAAUCUGCUAGCAUCAUCGACCUCAAUCCUUGGCGGACCUGA